UCACAGGUUCACCGGAAGUUUUCUCAGGGCUCCUUUUCUGUGGCUGAUGGUACCGGUGACGUCAUCGGGAUGCGCCGCUGAGACUUGUAACUGGUGCAAUAUGUCUCCGCCGUUGUUCAGUCUUCCUGAGGCGCGGAGUAAACUUACGGCUGCGACCAGAGAAGCGGUGCCCGGGAAGAACAUCAAGCACCUACUGAACGUGUUCGGCCAGGUCCCCGGCAGCGAAAAUGAGAAGAAGCCGACCCUCGACCAAGUCUUCAGAGUGGUCCUGGAGGAGGAGAUUAUAAAUCAAGCUUCGUGUGACAACUGUCUUGCGAUUAUUUCACUUGCUAUCAACGGAGUUUCAGAAGGUAUAUGCACGGCUACCACUCCAUUUGUUCUUCUGGGAGAUGUCCUUGACUGCCUUCCUCUGGAUCACUGUGAUAAAAUUUUCACAUUUGUGGAGAAAAAUGUUGGAACAUGGAAAUCCAAUAUGUUUUAUUCAGCUGGAAAGAACUACCUGCUUAGAAUGUGUAAUGAUCUCUUAAGAAGACUCUCUAAAUCUCAAAAUACUGUGUUCUGUGGAAGAAUUCAGCUGUUCCUUGCACGCUUGUUUCCCCUCUCAGAAAAAUCUGGUUUGAAUUUGCAAAGUCAAUUUAACUUGGAGAAUGUUACCGUUUAUAAUGUCAACGAACAGGAGAGCACUCUGGGACAAAAACAAGUAGAGGACAGAGAAGAUGGGAUGGAGAUUGAAGAAGGUGAAAUGGGAGAUGACGAAGCACCAAAUAGUUCUUCUAUUCCCAUAGAUUACAACCUGUAUAGGAAAUUCUGGUCUCUGCAAGACUUCUUCAGGAAUCCGGUUCAAUGCUAUGAUAAAAGCUCCUGGAAAACGUUCCUCAAGUUCUCUGAAGAAGUUCUGCAAGUGUUUAAGAGUUACAAGCUGGACGAUACUCAAGCAUCACGAAAAAAAAUUGAAGAACUGAAAUCUGGAGGAGAACAUGUUUACUUUGCCAAGUUUCUGACAAGUGAGAAGUUAAUGGAUUUGCAACUAAGUGACAGCAACUUUCGGCGACAUAUUUUGCUUCAGUAUCUCAUAUUGUUCCAGUAUUUGAAAGGACAAGUGAAGUUUAAAAGCUCAAACUAUGUCUUGAUGGAUGAUCAGUCUUUGUGGAUUGAGAACACCACCAAACUUGUUUACCAGUUACUGUGUGAAACUCCAUCUGCUGGGGACAAAUUUUCUAAAACAAUUGAGCACAUACUUAACACAGAAGAAAACUGGAACUCUUGGAAGAAUGAAGGUUGCCCCAGUUUUGUGAAAGAAAGGCAACCUGACAACAAACAAUUGAAAAUGGCACGAAAACGGCAAGGCCCUGAAGACUUUCUAGGCAAGGGUUCAAACAAAAAGAUCCUAAUGGGAAAUGAGGAGUUAACCAGGCUGUGGAAUCUGUGUCCUGACAACAUAGAAGCCUGCAAGUCAGAAACCAGGGAGUUUAUGCCAUCUUUGGAACAGUUCUUUGAAGAGGCAAUGGAACAAGCAGAUCCUGAAAACAUGGUUGAAGAUGAAUACAAAGUGGUAAAUAACUCCAAUUAUGGCUGGAGAGCUCUGAGGCUUCUGGCCCGUAGAAGCCCCCAUUUCUUCCAGCCUACCAACCAACAGUUUAAGAGCUUACCUGAAUAUCUGGAGAACAUGGUGAUCAAGAUAGCAAAAGAAUUGCCUCCCCCUUCAGAGGAAAUAAAGACUGGAGAGGAUGAGGAUGAUGAAGAUAAUGAAUCCCUGUUGAAGGAAAACAAUGAAAGUCCAGAAGUCCAGCAGCAGAAGGUAGUCACUGGUGAUCUCAUCGAGUCUCUUGCUAACAAGCUUGGAGAGCAGUGGAAGACUUUGGCCCCUCACUUAGAGAUGAAAGACUCAGACAUUCACAGCAUUGAAUCUGACAGUGAGGAUGUAAAGAUGAGGGCUAAACUCCUGCUGGUCGCUUGGCAGGAUCGAGAGGGUGCUCAUGCAACUGUCGAAAAUCUGAAUGCCGCUUUAAGUCAGGCUCAGCUGAGUGACCUGGUGGAAAACCUGUGCAGUGACAGUGAAAACGGAACAUAAACCUGUUGAAUUUGUGUAUUCAGGGAAUACAUACAUCAUUCCUUUUGGGUAGCACCAUCUCGUAUUACUGACGUGCAAAGUAAAGUUUUGUAAUGUUUGGAACUUUGUAGGAUAUAUAUUUUUUUUUCUUUCAUUUUUUUUUAAUGAAGCUGCCAUUCAUGGAGGACAUGUAAUAAAAUAUUUUUUCC